ACUCGCGUGUGACGAAGUAAGCAGUCCAGUCAGUUGCCGUUCAUUGUUCCGUGAGCAUUAUACACAAUACGAUAUACGCAAUAAAGUUACUUGUAAAAAUGAAAACCGACGCAGUGCUCCUUAUUUGCUUUUUGUCGUUAAUUUGUAUUAUAGAAUGCAAAGAUCUUAUAGUGGGUACAAGUUACAACAAUAGACUUAUCUGGCAACAGAAGGUCGAGUACAAUGCUAUUCCACUUAAGAAGAGGGUCAAGGAAGAAUUCUAUUCCGAUGCCGGACAACAAAUUAUAAAGGGCGUUAUUGCAAGAGAUUUAGACCACACUGAUGCGAUUGCCAGUAUAACCGCCGGCGGCGUGGGCUUCUCUUACGUAAACCUCAGAUUCAAGAGCGACCGUGGAUCCGGCCUCAACUAUCAAGUGGAAAUAUAUGUCUAACAUACAAUAUUUAUUUUGUGACAUAUAUUGAAAAUUCUUUCCUGAGUGAUUCGCCUGCGGUCGUGUUAUUAAAUAUACAAGCGCAAUCAAUAAUGCAAAGAAAUGUAUGAAGCAUGUUCUGGCUAUGUCAUUUUAACUUACGUAACCAUCCUGAAUAGUCUAUAACACAGGUGAUAUCACCGUUAAAUAAUUUUCUAAUAAUGUCGCUGGUUUUAAUAUAAUGGACUCGAAAUAUACCAUAAUGUCACUUUGUCGACAAAAUUAUUCAUUGUUUAAUAUAAAUUUUCUAAAGAUCAAAUUAAAAUUUAUUUUAACAAUUUUUAUCAUAUCCUUCUGUGAAAAUAGAACUUAAAAAUGUAAAUUAUUAAAGUAGAUGUACCUAUUACAGAUUUAUGUAAGCCGAAAUAUAAUAACAAGAAUAUAGAUAAAAAUUAUAACAUAAAAUAAAACAAAUUCAAUUAUUCAUAAUAAUCUGUUAAGUUUUGAACAAUAAAAUUAUUUGUGAAUCUCAUUAUAAAACAAUACAACAUUCAUAGAAUAUUGUAUGUACCUAAUUAAAUAUCAAUAUUGACAGUAAUUAUAUUAAUAAAUAAUACUUGCGUUAUUAAUAACUGUAAAUAUAUUAUUUCAUAAAAUAUACCAAAGGAUAUUAAAAGCUAUUUCUGUGUAUUCUUCAAUAUAUGUUUAUUAUUAAAUGUUUCAAAGAGAAAAGUGA